UUACGUUUUAACACAAUGCCUUGCGCCCAGUCAUGGCCAAUCAAUCAAAGAAGACGUCGUCGACCGAAGAGCCGAUUGAAGAAGUCUCGAGUACAGAUAACGCAAUCUCGCGAGAGUUUCCUCCUGGUCCUGCAGCUGCUGGUGAGUGAAAGCAGCACAUUCAGGGUGUUCAUGAUGAGUUAUGCUGAAAAGCCUGAGGAUAUAACUAAAGAUGAGUGGAUGGAAAAACUCAAUAAUGUACACAUCCAGAGAGCAGACAUGAAUCGACUCAUCAUGAACUACUUAGUAACAGAAGGAUUCAAGGAGGCAGCAGAGAAGUUCAGAAUGGAAUCUGGAAUUGAGCCUAGCAUAGACCUGGAUUCCUUAGAUGAGCGAAUAAAAAUCAGAGAAAUGAUCUUGAAAGGACAAAUUCAAGAGGGAAUUUCAUUGAUCAACAGUCUACAUCCAGAGCUGUUGGACACAAAUCGCUACCUGUACUUUCAUCUGCAGCAACAGCACCUGAUUGAGCUGAUUCGCCAGCGGGAGACGGAAGCAGCGCUGGAGUUCGCUCAGACACAGCUGGCAGAGCAGGGGGAGGAGAGCCGUGAGUGUCUCACUGAGAUGGAGCGCACACUCGCUCUGCUUGCCUUCGACAACCCAGAGGACUCGCCAUUUGGGGACCUGCUCAACAUGAUGCAACGACAGAAGGUAUGGAGUGAAGUCAACCAGGCUGUUUUAGAUUAUGAAAACCGAGAGUCUACACCUAAACUAGCAAAAUUGCUGAAACUGUUACUGUGGGCUCAAAACGAAUUGGACCAGAAGAAAGUCAAAUACCCUAAAAUGACAGAUCUCAGCAAGGGCACAAUUGAGGAACCCAAGUAACUUUAAGAUUGGUGCAAUCGCACUGAGACUUUAAACAAGGACACUCAUACUUCCUAUUUAUAAUCAGUCUGUGACUGGACCAAUUUUUUUUUUUGUGUGCAAAAGAGAGGACUAAGUAACUCAAUGGUAUAAACUAGAUUUUAAAGUAACAACUCUGUUAAAGGCCAAAAGCUACAUUUCAAGACACCAAGGUUUAAAAUCGAUGUGGUAUGUUGCAGAAUAAAGUUCAAGAACUUUUUCCAAAGCAUAGUUAAUGAGUAAAAAGGUCUUGGAAGGAAAUGGGAUUUCUUUUCAGUUAAUUUUUUUUAUAAUUUACUGUAGUUCCUUGGAUUAAAUCUGAUGCUUUUGGAUUUUAAUGGAACUGUUAUUAAGCAAAAAGGUUACUUUACCUUUUCAGGUGUUAUAAUAAGGAGGUGUACAUACAGUGUAAGUUUAUUCUAAGCCUGAAUUAGGCCCCUUAAUGAGGCAUAC